AUGGAAUUACAAGCGGCUGUUGAAGAGCAACCUUCUGUUGUGAUUGACACACCACCUACUACUGCUGAAAGUUCUGAAACUGCUAAUGGGGGAACUGGUGCUCCUGGUGAGAAACAAAGUGAUGAAAAUGAUUCUGUUGGAGGGGUAACGGCACCCAAAAGAUUGCCAACAAAGGCGGAUUUUCCUCCUUUGAGUUCUGUUGUAUAUGAGACGGCUAAAGUUUCUUGGGGUCCUAACAUGAAGAAGCCGGAAUCACAGAGUGGUUCAAUUUUGUCAUCUGUUGCUUCUAUCGGCUCUGUUGGUGCCAAACCGUUGCGGUCUAAGGUUAUACAGGAGGCUUUUUCACUGGACUUACAAUCUCAAUUGUCAAUCUCUAAGCCGGAAUUCUCUAAAUUACUAAUGAAGAUUAAGGAGGAACAUAGAGUUUCUAUUGAGUCUACAUUGUCUAGGAACUCGCGGACGUUUUUGAUUUCUGGUGUUCCCACCAAAGUCUACAACGCCAAAAGGGAUUUGGUCAAAAAAUUGACAGUACCUAUCAAUACUGUUAUCCAUGUCCCAUCUAAGACCGUUUCAAUUAUUAUUGGUCCUGGAGGAAAAAUGAUCAACUCGAUUACCAGCGAAACCGGCGUUUCGAAAAUUGAUAUUUUAAAAACACCGGAUGAAGAUUCCUAUGAUUCCGACUUGGAUGACACUACCAUGAGUAUUUCUUUGCAUGGAGAUGUGGCUUCAGUUAAUUUGGCCAAGGAAAAGAUUAUGGCGAUAGUCGAUGAGGAAAUAAAAUCCGUCGUUAUCAAUGUUAUUAUCGACGAUCAGAAAUUGAUUCCAUUCGUUUCCGUUGAUGAGUUCGAGGUUUCCAGCGAGGUAUCUGUGAAGUUCCAACCCGAACAGUCAAGGAUCAAUAUAUCGGGGCCAAGAGAAGAGGUUAAAGUCGCUAAAGUCAAAGCGCAAAACUAUCUCAAUACCUUAUCUAGCACGAUUGUUGAGAAGAAAAUUCCUAUCCCAACUAAAUUUCAACCUUUGAUAGAUGCUGACCAAAUAAAACAGAAGUAUCAUGUUAUUGUCAUCUUCCCUACUGCUGUGGGAGAGCAAAACGUUACCUUCAUUGGUCUUGGUCCAAAUGUAGAUGAAGCCAUUGAAUUCGCCAGAAAAUCCUCGAAAUCUUUUGUUGUGGAGUCACUUGAGAUUUCUAAAGCUCACGGUAGGAACAUUCCUCAUGCUAAGGACUUGGUAUUAUACUUUACUAAGUACAACCCAUUUAGCGAUUUGGAAGCUGCUCACAACAACGUCAAGAUCGUUUUACCUUCUCCGGAAGAAGUGGUAACCUUGGAACAAGUUAACGUUAACAUUAUUUCCAAGGCAGAGUUUUCUGAGGACAUUAAGGUAGUCCGUAGGAGGAUCAUUAAUAUUGUUAACGAUUUAACACCAGAGCACUUCCUCUCUAUCGAUGAUUUGGAUUAUGCGCUAUUCCACGUCGAUAUUAAACGUCUCCUGUCUUGUACGGAAAUUCCAUUUGUGCAAAUGGGUGACUUCUAUCCUGGUGAUAACAGAAUACUUUUGGUUCAGAAGGUUGUUGACGAAGAGUUUAAGCCUACUGCCGAGGAGUUAAGAGCUUCCUUGAUUAAGGCUUCUUCUGUUUUGGAUACUUUGCGUGCUAAGCAGGAGAAGUUAUCCAAGAGCGUUAUUUCAAUCCCUGCAGAGAAACAAGACCAAUACCUACAAGAAGGUACCACAACCUAUUCCUUACUAAUGGAAGAUGUUGGUAGUAAGAGCGGUAACCUCCAAAUCAAAUUACAUAACCCUUCUCCUUCGGAGGUGACUUUGAGAGGAGAGGAAAAUGCUGUUGCUGUAGCUUCAAAAAUCUUAACGGAUAUCAGUGAAAAUUCCGAACCUGUCAAACUAUCCUUUUCUAUUCCAAGUUCCACUGCUCCAAAGUUGAUUGGCUCCAUGGGUUCUAAUUUCUCCGAAAUUCGUAAGAAGUUUGGCAUCAAGAUCAAUAUUCCACAAGAUUCAGGUAACAACACCACUGAAGUGGUCGUUUCUGGUUUGCCUUACAACGCCGAGCGUGCCAAGGAUUACAUUUUAGCAGAGGUUAAGAAAUGGGCCGAUAUUACCAGUAAGGAACUAGUUGUUCCUCAGGAAUUCAUUGCUCAGUUGGUUGGACCACAGCGUGUUAACUUAACCCGCUUAUCGACCAAAUACAGUGUUUCUAUUCAAAUGCCCAAGGACGGUGAAGUCUUUACCAUUAGAGGCCCUUCAAAAGGUGUCAACAAGGCUUAUAAAGAAUUGAAGGCUUUACUAGAAUUUGAAAUUGAAAAUGGCCAGAAGACUUUUGUUAACGUGCCUUUGGAACAUGUUAAACGAGUAAUUGGUAAGAAUGGUGAAAUGAUAAAGAGUCUUUCGGCUGAAUACGAUGUUUUGAUGAACUUUGAACAACACAAAGAUGGAAAGUCUCAAGAAUCUGGUAAUGUCAAACUGGAAAUCGUCGGUUCCGAAAAAUCUAUAAAGCAAGCAGCAAAAAGGGUGGAAGCUUUUGUUGCAGAGGCAGCGGAUAUGGUCACAAAAACUGUAUCUAUAGAUCAAAAAUACCAUAAGGACCUCAAGGGACGCGGUUUGGCAAACUUGAAGGAUAUCAUCUCGAAGGCAGGUGGUGACAAUCUCAGAUUUAAAAAUAUCAACUUCCCAAUGCCUGAUUCUGAUGACAAAACUAGCGUUAUUGUUAGUGGCCCAUCUAACUUUGUCGAGAAAGCCAUCAAGUUAAUGAACAGCAUGGUUUCUGACCUCAAGGAGAGCAUUGUAAAAGAGGUGGAUAUUCCAAAAGAUAGACACGGCUCUUUGAUCGGUACUGGAGGUGCGGUUAGAAAGAGAUUAGAAGCCAUCCACAAUGUCAGAUUGGUUUUCCCAGAGAAAGACGAGAAUCUUCCAAUUAAAAUCUACGGUAAGCCAAAAGCUAUUGCAGAGUGUGAAAAGGAAAUUUUCAACGAAAUAAUUAGGAAAGGCUUUGAUAAAGAGAUUCCAGUUCCUGUUGAAUACCAUGAAUUUGUCUCAAAGUGUGCCUCUUUGAUUAAUAAAUUAGGUGCUGCUUACCAUGUAAUAGUAAAGUAUCCAUCCGCUACUAGAGAAGUGAGCGAUUUGACCCGCAUUCAGCAUAAAGUCCCUCGUGAAAAAGUUGUCGGUGCUACUGGAGAGGGCUAUAAGUUCACCGUUGAAGAAUAUCCAUACCCAGCUUUGAGCGGUAAAACUAUCCCAUGGAGACUCUCAUACCAAGAAUUGGACUUGUCUGACAUCUUAGGUGAAGAUAAAACUAAGAAGACUGAAACAUCGAAGGAAAAAUCACUAGAUGCUGCUGUCAGUUUAAUUAAAGAGAGAAUUGACAUUGCAUCGAAGUCAACCUACGUUGGCUAUUUAUGGUGUGAACAGCAGAAGAACACUAACAAGGCUUUCCCUGUUGCAUGGGGAGCUGUAAAGCAAAUCGGAGAAGCUACUACCACCCAGAUCAUAAUCCCAGACAAGUCAGAUCAGGAUAAGAGCACCAUAUACAUCAGGGGUACAAAGGAUGCCGUCGAACAGGCUGGAAAAAUGAUUAUCAGCGAAUUGAAGAACUAA